GUCCGAUCGAUCAAGUUAACCAAGCCAGCCAGGGUCUACUUCAUUCAUCGCUCAUCCAGCCGGCAUGCACACAGUCAGUCGGCCAUCGGCAGAACCCCAUUGCUCUUGAGCUGCUGCGAUGCUUGCUGCCUGUUGCGGGCAGUCACCUGUGCGCCCCACCGACAGUGAACCUGACGCACACACCAACACCAAACAGGUCCAAGAUAGAUGGGUAUUGAUUGGGUGGAUUUGCCCACCUGGUCAGUGGCCCGCACAGCGCUCCGCCAUGCACCAGUGGCCGUCUGGAAGCCCCGCGGCUCAGUAGCAUCGCCGGCGAAGAAGAGGCGGCCGUCGAAGGACGCCUCGGGCUCUGCCAGGGCACGCACGUCGGCAAAGCUGCUGCCUUCACGCAGAUAGGGGUAGCUGCCUGCAGGCACCACCCACCAUAACAACACACACACCGCAUAGCAUACGUGGAAGGCAUGUGUGUGUCGCCAGGCGUAUGUGUGUGUGUGUGUUGGCCUUUGUACCCUGUGCGAAUGGGUCUUGUUUCCAUCUGGUGAUGUGGUACCCCACCAGCCAGUGUCUACGCAUCCGCUCGACGGCCGCCCACUCCUCCCGCCCCCUGGCGUCCUCGUUCCUCUCCCACUCGCGCCACGUCGCCCACUUGUUGUCCUCCGCCUCGCCCGGCAGCUCCCGCAUCCCCGGCCAGUCGAUGUCGCCGAUAUCUGCGGCCGCCCCCAAGACAUCGUCCUCCAUCUGCGCUGCCGCAUUGCUGUUGGCCGUGGCGACGGCGGCUGCAUCGGGGGUCUUGCUGCGGUUCUUGUUGCGUGUCUUCUUCUUGCGUUUUUCGAUCUCUGCUCGCUGUCUGUCUGGGUCGAGGAUGGCCGGGAUGGGUGGGGCGGGGAGGGAGAGGAGGGCGUGUAUGCGGGGCUUGAACAUCUUAUAAAGGCACGUGAGGAUGUCGGUCAGCACCUGCUCGUCGGGCUGGGUCGGGAGGGUCUCGGUCGAGUAGGGCGGGUACAGGUGCGCAACCAACACGCCGUGCUUGCCUGCACACACAACACAAUACAAUACAACAUAUGACGGACGGCAUCUGUGUGUGGGGGUCUGUCUGUCGGUCUGAAUGAUGAGAGUAGGUGAGGUGCCUCCAAACGAACCGUAUGCGUGCAUGUUUGUGAACUGGAAUCGUGGGUCGGUGGUGUUGAUCUGGGAGGUGGUCGACGGCCAGAAGAUGUGGUGCGCCCCGCCGCCCUUGUCACACGCGAAACGCAAAACAACCUUCUCGUGACAGCCCAUACCAAGAUGACCAAUCGCCCUUUUAGAACAAACAAACGAAACACACACACACACACAGUGUGUAUCCACCCAGACAGACACAGCUACGACACUGACCUCUGUUUGUCCUGCGAGAGUGGUGGUUGGAAGUCGACGGCAGCCCCCUGGCUGCCUUGCAGCACCCCGACGGGAACGGUGCACACCACACCCCGGCUGCGAUACUCAAAGCCCUCGCGCGUCGUCACCUCACAGUGCACGCCACCACUCGCCGCACCGGACGUCCGCAACGUCACACGACUCACAGUCUGCAUGGGCACAUCACAUACACACACACAGAGAGAUGUGCCCAUGUAAUUUGCAUGUCGUGCCGUGCCUUGGCGUGUUUGUGGGUGGCUGCUUACCCGGUUGCAGUGGAUGUAUGGUUUGACGGUGUCGAAUCGCUGCUCGAUGAAUGGUGUGAGUCCACUGACGGCCAGGCGGCAGGGCAUGUCGUCGGUCAAGAGGCCGCCCUUGAUGCGCUGGCGGCUGCUCGUGAUCUUGUCCAGGUCACGCAUCCGCCGAUCCAAGUUCUGACGACGCCUGCAGUGCAGAGGGGCCAGAAACAUAGCGACACGGCUGACUCCAUUAACGUUCCCCCUGUCCAGUCCCCGCAUCUCAAGGUUCCUCACCUCUCGACAGCGUCUCGGAGUCCGGCUGCAUAAGGGUCGUCAGCGCUGCGUGGUGCGAGUGGCUGCUGGGGCAGGUAGUCGUCAUCGAUGGCGCGGUACCGCUCGUGGGACUCGAGCAUCAGAUCUCCCAGGCCAGGGUCGAACCACGACGCAUGCUGAGGGAGGGACCAUGGAUGGAUGGCAGAGACGUACACAGAGACGUACACAUCACAUAUAUUAUGGGCGAAUGUGUGUGUGUGUGGAGGGACUGGACUGACCUCUGUGGCGAGGGACUGCUGGUCGAGCGUGGCGCAGGUGCCCCACCACCGCAUCCUGAUCUUGUCCAACACAGCUGAACCAACAGCACAGACAGAUGUCACUGUGGCUGUGUCCCCAUUGCCUGUCACCUUGUCUGUCUCUCGUGUCAGUCACCUUUCUGUAUGUCAGUGAGGCCAUCGAUCCCUAACCGCUCCAACACCACCAUCAACGCAUCCUCGUACGCACCAGACAGCGGCUGACACAACACAACACAACCACCAUGCAAAUCAAGUGGACCGACCACUCUAUCCAUCCAUCCAUCCAGGUCUCUCUCUCUCCCCAUCGCCCAUUGCCCCACUCACGAUGCUGGCAGCGCCGGUCUCGCGCAUCCUCUGCUUGUACAUGUGUAAUGGCGAGUCGAUGUGCCGCCCCUCCACCAGCACCAGCUUGCCCAGGCCGUCGUGCUCACGCCGCUCCCACACAGGGGGGUCCUCGCGGCAUCUCGACAGGUCGGUGGUGGACGUGGGCAGCUGAUGAAGGGGGGGAUGGGUGAUAUGUGAGUUGGCCGAUCAGUGGCUCGCGUGUGCGUGUGCGUGUGUGUGGGUGGUUACCAUGUCGUCUCUGUGCAGGUCUUCAGCCCACUCGUGCAGCUCGGCGGCGACUUUCUGCAAGCGAAUAGGGAACACACAGUGAGACUCCCAUAUGCGGGUGGGUGCGUGGCCUGCGCGUGUAUCCCGCACCUCUGCAAUGAUGCUCAUUUUGACGUUUGUUGAGAAGGGCAGAGCGACGUUGUACUUGGUGUCGUAGUAGCGACAGUAGUCCGUCGGCUCGUUGUAGCCAUUACCUACAACACACACACAGACACACAGACACACAGACACAGAAAGAGAGAGAGAGAGAGAGAGACAACGACCGCAAGUGCUGCUUUUGCCACCGCGGUAUAUAUCGUUUUCCAUCCAUGGUGGUGUCUGCCCUUACUUACCGGCGAUGAAGCCGAACUGCAUUCGAUGCUCGAGGGCCUCACUGCAAGCAACGAGCCGGAACAGGCCCCAUGGUGGUUCAUUCUCCUCUCUCUCUGCGUGUCUGCGCGUCUUACGUGUAAAGUGGGUUGUCUCUGUUAGCCUCGUAGAUGUAGUCGGCGCCGACCUCGACUGUUCGCUCCUCGUCAUCGGCAGCGCCGCCCUUCUUGCCGCCGCCCUCGAGCCUCACAUGGCUGAUGCGACCACCCAUCCUGCAAUACGCACAGACAGACAGACAUGUGUGACAUCACCAUGGCCGCGUGUCUCAGUGUGUUGGCCUACCUGUCGCGUGCUUCGAGGAUGAUGACUUUGAAUCCCUUCUUGACCAGCCUCUUGGCGCACAGCAGCCCCGCAAUACCCGCACCGAUCACAAUCACGUCAAACUGCACACGUCGCGUGACAUCACCACACGCACACGCACACACACACCUGCUGGCUAUUCAUUCCUCCCUCCCUCCGUCCGUCCCAGCUUUCUUACUGACCGCGUUGGUGUCCCUGUCCAUGUAACUGUCCCACACCUCGCCGCCCAGCAGCCCCUCAGACAUCGGGAGGGAGGGCUUGGGCACGUGGGGGCCGCCGCCCUUGAGGUACUUGAUGAACCGGCGCGCACCUUGGUGGCCCAGCCAGCGGAUCGCCUCCUCGUCCCACCUACAAUCGACGACCAUAGACAACGAGUGCUGUCUCUGUGUGUGUGUGUGUGUGUGUGUGUGCUCCGAACCGCAUGGCGGCCUUGUCGAAGGAAGGGUAUUCGCCCAGCAGCCGCUCUUUGCCGUUGAGGUGGAAGCGGGGGACGUACAUGUUGCUGGUUGGGUCGAAGGUGAUCCUCUGGGCAUAGUGGUAGGCGGCAGAGGGACCCACCACUGACUCCCACGACCGACGCAGCAACUCAUCUGCACAACACACACAUAUACACAACACACACAAUUCCGUUGCCAGCGUUGUCCCGUUUUAAUCACUCCUACCCUCUCUCGCUCACCAUCGUGUGGGAUGGCGUCCGCCCUGUUGCCCUUUUCGCGGUGCAUGCCCAUGGCCUCCUCAACCGCCUUCUCCCGCCCGUACCAGAAGCCAUACUUCCUGGCGCUGAGCCCCGAGACCUUGUAGUUGGUCCGCACCUCCCAGCACUUGCCCUCGUACUUGACGGUGAACUUGCCCCCGUAUUCAACCGACGGCAGCACCGGCAGCGACCCGCCCAGCUCGUCCCAGCGGUCGGCCGGCGGGUCCUCCGUGUAGCACUUGCCGAUCUCCUGCGGGCAGAAGUUGCCGUAGUGCGCGGCUGUCAGGGACCUGGCCACUCGGGUGGGCACGCUCUGGGAGGAACGCUCACGCGGAGGGAAGGGGAGCGGGGGCGACGGGAGGUCGAUGUGGAGCUGUUUGGAUCGCACCCGGGGCCUCUCCUCGCCCACGGCGGCCAUCUCCACAUCAGCAACACCCUUCUUGCCUGCUUUUGCACGAGCCGGCAAGGCCUCGCUGAGGGGCAUGUUGUCGUCUGGGGAGCUGGGGGCGCGGAAGAGGUCGGUGAAAAUGGGGUUGAUGCCCGCGUCGGCGAAUGGCGUGUCUCCGCCUCCGAGCCCGGGCGGCGCCGCAGCCUUCUUGGCCUUGCUCUUGGUCUUCUUGGGUUCGCUCUUGCCCUCUGCGGCCUUCUUCCUCGAGGCAGGUGCCCUCUUGGCAGCGCCCCCGGCCUUCUCGUGGCACCAGGUGGGGACGGGGAUGUCAAGGGGGUUGAUGGCUCCGGUGCGGAUGGCGUUGAGUCGGUCCUCGACGACCUGCCGGACGUUCUUGAGGUGGUCGAUAGCGAACUGCCUGGCGCGGAGGUAGCCGUACUUGCGGGCGGCGAAGCCCUUCAUGCGGCUGAGCUGUCUGCUGGUAUCGGGGUCGAUCGGGGGAGGGUACUCACAGUCAACUGAAUCAUCGAUGGAUGGAUGACACAGUCAGUCAAAUAUGAGGACACGUAGACGCGCAUCUGUAUGGUAAGGUAUGUGUGAUGUAUGUCAGUCAGUUUGCUCACUGAAUGCCUUCUUCCAGUAGACGCUGUCGAUGACGGCCACCCAUGAGGUGUCCCGCACGUUCCACCGGAUGCCCACCACCUUGAGGGCGCCACUCUGCGCCACCAGAUCCCACGCGUCCGGGUGAAUGUCCAUGUACUUGAUCACUAGCGUCGGGUCGUUCGCACGAGCAGCUACACACACCACACCCACCCAACAGGAAAAAAUCAACAGAGGUAAGUUAGUUAGUGAGAUGUCAAUCCAUGUGCUGGGCGUGUGUUGGCUGGGCUGGGUACCAAGAUCUUUGGAUUUGCUCUGCGACGCCUCGAUGGCCAGCUCACGCGCCUUGAGGAAGCCGAAGCGUCUGGCAUGGAACUCUCUGGCGUGUCGUGGCCGGCCGGCGUAUCGGUAGGCGCACCACACCAUCCGCCAUGGAUGCCACUUCACCUUGGGCAGCUCGGGCAGCUUCUCGGCCGCCUCGUCCCAUGCGGACGGGUGAAGGUCGAUCUCGGGCACUGACGACCACACCAACAGAUGAGCAGAUAAUAGGAGUACAUUUCUUUGGUACAUCCAUGCGAUCGGUGCGGUGCGCACCCACCAGCGUCCGAGAAGUCUUCAACCGGUGAGGUGGGGCUGGCCAGGUCUUCACUGCCCUCAUUGGACACCGUCCUGCCAAACCCACCAGCGCCCUUCUUGCCAGCGGCACUCUUCCUCUUGGCCGAUGGUGGGGCGGACGACAGGCCGCCCCUGCUGCCGCCCCUCUUGCUGCCGUUGCCGUUCCUCCUCUGGCGUGCGAGGGCGGGGUCGCUGCCGCUCUCGGAUGGAAUCUCCUCCAUGUGCUCAUCCUCAUCUGACCAGCCGUACCGCUGGCCGGUGAUGGGCUUGAGGCGCAUACGCUUGGCCGGCAGCGAACCCAUACCCUCCUCUAUACCUGAUCAAUGAAUGCACGACGGAAUGAUGGUCAUAACAUAAUGCCAUCCAAUGUGGCCCAAAUGCACUCCCCUCCAUGACCUUGGUGGCCGACUGACUGACCUUCAUUGUCGUCUUGGUCUUCGCUCUCCUCGUCCUCCAUUCUCCCGCCGACAGUCGCCAAGUCCUCCAGCACCCGACCGCCACGACCCGAGCCGUUUCGAGCCCUCUUCUUGCUCGACGCCCCCGCAGCCGAGGCAGCCCGGCCGCCUCGACCCCGCCCUCCCCUCCCACCCCUCUUGGGAGCCGGAGGUCGAGGGGCCAUGCCUCUGGCAACCGCGCCUGCAUCCCAGAAGGGCAUAGGGCGCGACGGCAGGCCUCCCACCAUCGGAUGGGAGGGCGGACGAGGCAGCCUUGGGUCGGGCAGGAAGCGGGGAUGCGUCACAAGGAGAGGUGGGAAGGGGAACGGCGCUCGGAGAGAGGGCGCACGAAGGGGCUGCUGGCCGGUGACCGGCGGCCAUCGCAUUUGGAAGAGAGGUCCCGGCAGCGGAUGUUGGGUGGGCACAGUUGCACCCCGCCCUGCGGCCUGGCCAGCCUGUUGCUGCUGCUGUGAUGACUCGGGCGGUGAGCCAGGGAGGCGGAAUUGAAGCAGCUGUGGCAGGGGCGGUAGGCUGGGAGCUCGCGGGCGUGUAGGACUGGUGCUGCUUGCCGCAGCCGCAAAGGUAGGACUGGACUGCGAUGGCUGCAUCCGUCGCCUCGUCGGUAGGGUAGAUUCACUCACCCAAGAUGAAUAACUCGACCUGUGGAUGCUCCUGCUCGCCUAAACGCCUCUGACUGCCGCGCCUCAGAGGCAAUCGGCGGCCUUUCCGGUCGCGAGUCUCUCUGGCAGCAAGAUCGUCAGGCACCGCAGGAGCGGACAGCGCUCAAGCUAGGCAUCUCCAGCAUCAUCUCGGGAACGCGCACUGUCCGUCUGCU